AAUAAACUACAAAACAUCAAUAUGAAAGUACAUAACACUGUUCCGUGGUUGGUUUUGAUUUUGCAUUGUUUAUUUAAACCGGAUGGCUAUGAUUUAUUCACGAGAGGGAAAAGCACAUACAGUAUAUAAUUAAAAUUUGUUCAACUUGUUGCAAUGUAAACAGUCUGUCAAAACUCUUACGAAAUUUCCUCGUCUAUUUUGACAAGGAUAUUUUGCGCAAGACUCUUGUUUGUCGGCUGGAAGUGCUCGCAUGAGGAAAACUCGUUGUUCAAUGGUUGAGAUCUUUGCAAUAUAACUAGAAUUUGUUUCAAUGAGGUGAAAUUAAUCGUUGAGAUAUUAGGAAGAGACGGGCGUAUCUGUGAUUUCGAAGAUUAAUACGGUGUUACGGGUUCAAUAUUGAUAAAUAUGGAUGGAGUGGACUUCAAGGAUACUUCGCCGGAGUUGACGAAAGUGACUCGAAUUGAAGAGGUUAGAAAUGUCAGGUCAGCUGAACAACGUGUGGUGUUGGACAAAAGCAAUUCUCUCGACGAAUGUUUUGGCCCGUCAAAUCUGCCGCCCUCUGGACUUGAAAGAAUGAUUCGACGCUCACCUCAUGUAUCAUCCUUCAGAAAUUACACUUCACCGAGUUUGAGUGCGAGACGUCAUUCUGAUGGCUCGUUUCCGUUCCUGCCAAAGCCCAAUAGCCGAGUCAUGGAGAAGCUGACCCCUCACAGGAUACAACGUUGGUCGUAUUCAUUUUUAGAUCUUCUCGGCGAUCACGUCGGAAUUCAAAUGUUUCUGGCGUUUUUAGAGAAAGAAUUUAGUGCAGAAAAUCUAAGGUUCUGGUUGGCUUGUCAGGAAUUAAAACAGACCCCACGAAUGAACGUUCCUAGUUUAGUAAAUAAAAUAUUUGGUGAUUUUUUGGAUCAAGAUUCCACUCACGCCAUAAACGUUGAUGCGAAAACUUACAAUCACGUCAAACUUAAUCUUUCCAACCCAUCUUACAAUACUUUUGAUGAGGCGCAGGAGCAUAUUUUUCAACUCAUGAAAACAGACAGUUAUCCAAGAUUUAUACGAUCUGACAAAUACAAUCAAAUUCUAAAGGAUACCACUGGAAAAUCACGCAAAAAAUGAAGCGCUUUCAGCUCAACGAAUUCAAUUGAUUACAGUUCAAAGAAACGCAUCAAACACGACUGUUUGUAUGUAGAAAUUUCAAGAUGAUAUAUUAUUUGAUCAUAUGCCUUUUUUGGCAAAAGAACGGAAACACAGUCCGUGGAAGAUAUAAAUGGGCAUAAACAAAGUCAAGUACCGCUUACAGAUAUAAUUCAUGACAGGUAUUCUGCCAUUGCAAAAUCAUUGCCAUUGUUGCGUUAAAUUAGCACUAAAGGAAUCACCGAGCAAUAUUUUUGAUGUUCUUCAACGUUUGUGUUUUUUGGGAUUUAGAAAAUCAUAUCCGAAUGGUAUUUUUUUGGGGAUUUAUAAAUUAUAUUAAGAAAGAGAUUGUAAAUUUCACUCAUUAUUGUACAAAGUGUUAAAUUAAGAUUACGUUUGUUGUUUAAAUUAAAUUUAGUUCAC